UUUAGUCACGCUAAAUUUUUCGGAUAUUCCUAGGUUUUCCGGAGUCCCAUUAGCGCGUAAGAUCGGAAUCGCCCGAUAAGCCCCAAACAAUGAAAUCAAUGCGCCACAACUAAUCACUGUCCGGCACGCAAUCGCUUUCGUGUAGAACAUGAAACCACUCGAGAGAGUUGGUCGAUUUUCCAAAUUCAGCUUGACAGUAGGCGCGCCGUGACACGUGCCAAUGGCAAACAAGAUGGACGCCAGCUCGAAGAAAGCCCGCAAAAAGAAGCCUACUAAGGUGGAAGCGAAGAAAAAAGCCACCAAAAAGCGGUCGGAUCUGUUCAACGGGUUCCGGCUGUUCCGGAGCAGCCUGCUGUACCAGACGAAGGAGUUUUUCGAGAACUCGACGCUGCACGGCGUGCGGUACAUCGCCGAAGAGGGGCGGCCAUUUUUCGAAAAGUUUAUGUGGUUCUGCUUCGUGGCGACCGGGGCGGUGGCGGCCAUUGUGAUUAUUUUCAGCUUGUGGGAAAAGUUCCAGACGAAUCCGACCAUCACGGGGCUGGACACGGACUUUCACAACCAGGAGGUGAUCUUCCCGACGGUGAUGGUGUGUCCGGAGCGGCCGUACGACGAGCGCAGUGUGCACGAUGUCGCGUACGUCACGCUGGCGAACUACGAGGCCGGGUCGGAACAGUACGAGCCGUUUCUGGAGGUGCUGACGAAGCUGUCGUACGGGGCGGUCAUCCGGGAGGCGGUCGAGAGGGCGGAGAACUUUUCCGACGCGAAAGAGCUGGUCGGGAGGGAUUUGCGGAAGUUGGUGUUUAAGAUGGCGGUGCGGUGUAACGCGACGUUCGGGUACUGCCGGUACAAGGACGAACCCAUUGAUUGCUGUGGGUCGUUCAAGACGGUCUAUUCCGAGCACGGGUUCUGCUACUCGUUCAAUUCGCGGUACAUCGGCCAGGAGCUGGAAGAGGAGCGCAACUCGGACACCAAGUACCUGUACGAGACGGACAAAAAGUGGGGCCUGACGUUCGCUCCGCUGCGCAAGUCGGACGUGUUUGUGCACUCGCACAACGAGAUAUCCGGCUGGGACUUUCGGCCGCAGGUCCAGUGGGACGAGAACUUUGCGAUCGACUUCCUCAUCUCGAUGAAGCAAACGUACACGACGGAGGACGCCCGGCAGCUGUCGAUCGGGCAGCGCAAGUGCAUCUUUCCGGACGAGGUUCAGCUGCGGUACUACCAGGACGAUUACACCUUUUCCGGCUGCAUGAAGGAGUGCCGGCUGAAGAAGUGCCUCAAGUACUGCGGCUGUAUUCCGCCGUUUUACGCGCCACCGGUGAAGAGUCUGCGGCAGUGUGUCGCGUCGGAACUGCCCUGUUUGGCGGCCAACCUCGGAAACAUUACCAGCAUUGGCGGCUGUCAGCACUGCGAGCUGGGCUGUCACAACACGGUGUACGACAUUGAGAAGUACUCCAAGGUAAUGACUACGGAGGCCGGCAAGGAACCGGUGGUAACGAUAGAAUACCUAACCUGGCCCGUCAUCCGGUACAAGCGCGAGGUUCUGUUCGGUUGGGUUGACCUGCUAGUGUCCUUCGGAGGCAUUGCCGGCCUAUUCCUAGGCUUCAGCCUACUAUCCGGAGUGGAGAUCAUCUACUUCUUCACGAUGCGAGCCUGCUGCAUGCUGUACAAGAACCGGGACCAGCUGGUGGCCAUCGAGCAGGAGAAGCUGCGACGACCUCCGGACCGGUACGACCUUGGGCUGCGACCAGACUUCAAACCCCAAAGCGUCGAACCCCAACCCACCAAAGAACCGUCGCAAGAUCUGCGGAACGUGAUCACGCUGUCGCUGGUCGAGCAGGAGUUCAACGCGGUCAAGGUGCCGAAGCAGAACGGGUUAGUUCUUGGAGGGUUGCAACCGGUGCAUCGCCGGCUCGAGCGGCGACUGGAGAAGAUGAACAUCAUGAUCCGGCCGGACUUUUCCCGGCCCGUCCACGUGGCACCGUACAGCGAGCGGAUCAUGCCGCUCGAUCGGAACGUGAUUCUGACGAAGGACGGGAGCAUUUUGUAUAACGGGUAUUUGCCUUGAAUUAGGUUUAACAGCGUGACGUCACGAGCGCACACGCACACACAUUUUUACAGAGACACACGUGCAAAAAAUGUAAACAUUGCAGUCAAGCUGUCAAAUUUCUAACCUCAAAACCGAGUCGGCGUAAACCUAAUUGUUUACUGGUUUAGAUGCUUUGUGUUUUUAUAUUUUGUGUGUUAAAUAAAACGAUUUUUUACUAAAA